AGCUAUGACAUGGUGCACUUUGGACAUGCUAACUCACUGCGCCAAGCUAAGGCUAUGGGUGACUACCUGAUAGUUGGUGUGCACACAGAUGAAGAAAUUACCAAGCACAAAGGCCCCCCAGUAUUUACUCAGGCAGAAAGGUACAAAAUGGUGCGAGCUAUCAAGUGGGUGGAUGAGGUAGUGGAAGGUGCUCCAUAUGUCACCACACUGGAAACUUUAGACAAGCAUGACUGUGAUUUUUGUGUGCAUGGUGAUGACAUCACCAUGACAGCUGAUGGUAUUGACACAUAUCACAUAGUGAAGUCAGCCAACCGCUACAAGGAAUGCAAGCGCACAGAAGGUGUCAGCACCACUGACUUGGUGGGACGAAUGCUACUAAUGACACGUCAGCAUCAGCAGGUUGGAGCAUCAGAGUACUCAGUAGACGACGGUCACAGCACAAGCCUGAGUACGGACGCCAGCGCUCGCUCGCCAUGGACGGGCGUGUCGCACUUCCUGCCCACCACGCGCAAGAUCAUGCAGUUCUCCUCCGGCCUCGUGCCUAAGCCCGGAGACCGGAUUAUUUACGUGGCUGGUGCGUUUGACUUGUUCCACGUGGGUCACUUGGACUUCCUGGCAGCUGUGCGUGAGAAAGGCGACUUUCUGAUCGUUGGUCUGCACACCGACCCUGCAGUCAACCGCUACAAGGGCGCCAACUACCCCAUCAUGAACCUCCACGAGAGGGUGCUGUCGGUGCUAGCGUGCAAGUACGUAAGUGAAGUUGUGAUAGGAGCUCCAUACUCGGUCACGGACGACCUCCUGGAUCAGCUUAAAGUGGAUCUCGUGUGUCACGGCGCUACAGAGAUCAGCCCUGAUGAAGACGGCAGUGAUCCCUACCAGGUACCGAAGUCUCGGGGAAUUUUUGAGAUGGUUGCGUCGGGCAACUCGAUGACGACUGACCGCAUCGUGGAGCGCAUUAUCGAACACAGGCUGGAGUUUGAGUUGCGCAACAGAAACAAGGAGAAGAAGGAGAGGGCGGCCUUCAAGGCUUAUGUCCAGGCUAAAGAACAGGGCAAGAACACCAUCGAUCGGAUCGUCGUCGAAUGAGAGAAAGGUCAUAGGCAGAGGUUUAAUGACAUCAAAGUCUAUAAAUAUAUAUAUCAAAUAAACUUUUAUUUGCUGCGUUGCCUAUCUUAUUGAAGACAGAUGUUAGUAGAUACAACUUGUACCCUUGAAUGGAAUGGAGUUAUUCUUCGAAAAUUAUGCUUCAUUUCUACAUGAAACAUAUAUCUAUCUAAUUAUUUUAUAAUUAUUUUAACUUUCAACUUUCUGGUACUGCCUUCUUACUUAAAAGCCAUCUUUUUAUUUGUUGAUAACAUCGAAUUGUUUGUCACAACAUUAUUUGAUUGUGUGCGUGGAUUGAUCACAAUAAUUUUAAAUAUAUUUUACUCUCAUACGCUUCACUAAACAGUGCCAUGUAUUGCAAAGCUUUGCCCAACCUGAGCACAGCAGAGCGUCACAAGUUGCUAGUGUUGCUUAGAUAACGAAAAUUUUUAUAAUGGUGACAAAUUACGUACAUAUUCCUCUUGAAUAAAUAAUCAUUUUAGGAUGCGUUCAUGUCACUGAUAUCCUGUCGAUUCAUUUCAUAAUAUAUGAAGCUUUUAUUUAUUUUCUGACACCUAGCGGAAUUUUUUAUUUGUACCAGACUCGUACCUACCUUAUAGUGAAUGAAAAUUCCUUUCAUGUUACAUUGGGUGUUCGUUGUUUGAGUAAUUUUUUAUUGUUUAACCUUGUCAUUAUUAAUUGUGUUGCAUGUCUCUGAUCAUAUUGAUCGCAUGCAUUUUCAAGCCUACGAUCUUAAGUCUUGGCUUUGGAACCUUCAUAAACAAUAAUAAUCACUGGAAGUAUUAUCUCUCGCGCUAACAGCACGAGCUCUGGUGGCUUUUACGUGAGGACAUUUUAAAACGAUCGUCGAAAUUAAUUGUUCCCUCGGAAUUAUUAUGCACUCGUAUUGAGGUGGGGGUAAUUCUUUGAUAGACAAUACUGUCUAUGUUGCAAACUCUGACGUGUUUUAUGACGGACUCGGGUAAUUUGUAUGUGCGCGGUUAUGCACUCGUAUUGAGGGUGGGUUAAUUCUUUGAUAGGCAAUACUGUCUAUGUUGCAAGCUAACGCGUUUUAUGACGGACUAGGGUAAUUUGUAUGUGCGCGGGUUAUGCACUCGUAUUGAAGGUGGGUUAAUUCUUUGAUAGGCAAUACUGUCUAUGUUGCAAACUAAUGGGUUUUAUGACGGGCUCGGGUAAUUUGUAUGUGCGCGGGUUCCAUAACAGCGUUUUUUCAUAACUAUCAUUAUCACUUGUGAUUCUUUCGUCCCACUCUUGCUAUAAAAAGUAACUCAUUAUUUUCCUUGUAUUAUUAUUGGUCUUCACGAGCAGUUAAGUACUUAAAGACGUUAUAUGGCGGUCUUAUUGAAUCACACUUUUUUCAGUACUGAAUGAUUAUUGAUUGUACAAAUGCUGGCGAGUUUCUUAGCUGCUGAUCUCCCUGCUGCUCGUUCCUGUUGUGUAAUGUCUUACUCAUGGGCGGCCAAAGUUUUUCAACGGAUCUCCAAAGUUAUUCACAAAUAGCGGUUUUUUCUCACUAUCUGUUCUAAUGGUAGCCAGUGAACGUCGACUUUGUUACCUUCCUUAGUUUUCCAGUCAACUAAUCAUUGCCUAGACUUGUAGCAAGUAUUGUCAAUCGCCUUUUCCAUUUCCGAUCCUGAUAUUUUAAUCUUAAAUUUCAUUUAAGUAAGCGAAUUUAAUGGGAGUUUUGUCGGGGUUCUCGAAACCAGUACAGUUACUGAAAGAAAUAUCUGUUGGUUUAAUGGGUUGACGAUGAUAAGACUACCUUUAUGUGGUAUGCCAAUUUCAACUGCGAUGUCGUCUUAUGUGCGGUGGUUCAUUCUCGAGGUAUGAAUGUUCUUACUUAAUACUGUGCAUGUAACUAGUCGUAUGUUCCUUAAAAUAUUGCAUACUAUGCCUUUUACUAGACUAGUCAACAAUUACUUAUAAUACUCAAGCUUUAUGACAGUGUCAGUCAUUGAUUUAAAGUUCAAUAUGUUUUACCUCAACUAUUCUUCUCGAUUGGUGACCUUAUGAUGUGCUCUGAUGUCUACUUACGUUCACACUCGCCAAGAAUAAUAAAUCUACAUAAUUGAAAAGUCAGAUAUGACCAGAUAAAUAGCGAUGUGUUCGCAGAAUGCUUCAACUCACACAGGCGUCCGGCGUUACAGUCACGAAACGCUCUUAUUUGUUAGCGUUUAGUUACUUGAAUGAUCUAAGUGUUUGGAUGUGACAGUGUUGUCUCUAAUCUGCUGAAGCUUAUUGUUUUUAUUUUCUUCAGAGUUUAAUGCGAUUGAUUCAUUGAAGUCGUGUAUUCAGCACCGCUUGUUGCAUACAAAUCUGGAAUGAUAAGGAGCUCUGCUAUUAUAUUUGGUAUUAUUCCAUCAUAUGAGUGAGAACAAGCAGCGCGUUUGGUAGCUUAUGGGGCUUUUUAUCUGACCGUGCAGGAUUUGAAGAAUGCGAGACUUGCUUUCCGCUAAGUUGUUGUAAUGCGUGCGUGCUACUCCAGCUCAAUUAAUCGGUGUCAAGAUCUUAUGUUCAGUGACCUGUUCAACUUACGUCGUGCAAUGUUUUUACCGAGUCGCCCUUAGUGCUGUGGUUUUGAGGUCAAUAAAUGGUGUCCAAUUUUAUACAGAAACUAAAUUCCUAGCUCCUGAUAUUAUAAGUCUGAAAAUGUUAGUCUAAUUUAAUGGUAAAUCAAAAUAAUGGUAAAAACAUGUUGUGCGACAAACUCGAUAAACUCUGGCCACGUUUCUGAAUUAAGUAUUAUUUUCGCACAUUAUUACUAUUCAUUAACGAAAUUUGUACUUUCAACUUGAACUGCCAUGCUGGUCAUACAGACCACUCAUGAAACUGUUACAAUUAUGUCACAUUUACUGGUUACUAUGUCGUUGAGUGACUUGUCUUUCAAUUCAGGUAAAAUUAUAAAAAGUUUCUAUGUCAUUUAAAUGAGCUAUUCUAUUCUUUGAUACUCCGCCGCUCAACGACCUGGUUUAGGAAUUUGUGUAGGUAAUUGAUGAGCUUCAUUAAAUUUCCCGCUGUGUCGGACUUAGCUGUGAUAAAUGUAUAUUGUAUUCUCAUUUGGGAACGACUAGAGACAACGUAUUCAUCUAUUCACUCUACUGCUUCCGAGUAAGAUCUCUUAAAUUCAUUACGCCUUAUUCAGAGAGAUGUAAACAAAUGCUACCGUCAAUGCUGAUAACGUCGCCACAGCACUCAAAUCGCCAGCCUUCAAUCCAAUCGAUCUAUUUUAUAAAUAAUACUGAACCACAUCUUUCCAGCUUGUUAGAGAAAACUCUUAAGUUAUUACGUGGCAAUCUAACCCUGCAAAUCGUAGUUCUGGCGAGUAUUUUUCAGAUUUUGCUGCAGUUUCUGCUGAGUGGCAACCUAAGUGUUAUUGGCAGGCAGCAUAUUACCCACUCAACAUGCGGGAAAAAGGCUUCUAAUUGACGUUUUGUUUACGAAUUAGAUUUUCAUGCAGUCCACAAUUCAGUUUUAUCCUGUUCCGACUUUAUGGUUUGCUAUAAUUUGACAUUCGACCUUCAUGUUUCACUAGGCUCUCAAAUCCACAGAGUUUUUUUUAUCCCCUAUUUAUCCCUUAACUUAUUCCUCGCAUCUUUACUGGUUUUACUUGUAAGUGGAAUUAACUUAUUAUAUUUAAUCAAUUGAUUUGCUUGUGUAUUUUGAUUGUUUAAUUUACGUCUUUUUAGUCCGGUGUUCUCAUGUGAUUUGUUCAUGAAGCAAGUGCCUGCAGUAUACUCGCUGCUGACGUCCCAUUGCACGUCUCCAGACUCGCUGCAGACGUAAAAUUUCAGUAAAAAAUGACUUCGUAACGUGACGGAAACGUAAGACUACAAUUGUUUUCUUUGAAUUAUCUAUCUUACUUCUUCGUAAAAUUACAGAGUUAUCAAUGUACGUGAAUCGGCUUACGACGUAACUGCAUUACUGACAAUAUAUUUGUGUGAUAAUUCCAACUGAUUCUUUGGCUUACGUCAAUAUUACUAGCUACAAUAUGGCCUCGCUGCUAUCGAUGUAUUAGCAUUAUCAUUUCACUAGCGGAUCCCUCGCCUGCACAAAUAUCAGCGAAUGAUUGUUUGUGUGCCGUAAUUUAAGUGCGUUACCAGAAUUUACUCGCUUUUAUAGCUUUUAUCAUGUUUUCCUGCAUGCUUUUGUGUUACCCUGAAUUACAUUCGUACGUAUCUGGA